AUGGGGGAGAAGAACGCCUCCUGGCCGGUGGUGGAGGAGGAGGAGGAGGCAGGCUUGGGGCACGUGAGGGACUACUUCACCUACCUCAAGACACCGCAGGCCGGGUGUCGCAAGCUCCUUACUAUGGGUGGUCUUCACAAAUGUGGGGACGUCACUGACAAACUUCCAGAUGGUAGCAAGGUGGUGUGUAUGGACGCCCCCCUCGGCCUGCCUCCUGCACCAGACUCUCGCACCUGUCUCACUCUCUCCUUCGGCAUCAACGUCGACGUCUCCUUCGACGAAGCUGUGUCCAAGCUCAACUGUGAGGUGCACAUGUUCGACCUGCUCGACCACGCGCCGGCCACACUACUCAGUCGCUUCAAACACAUUCAUUUCCACAACGUGGGGCUGGGGGAGGCCAGGAGGCAGAACUACUACCUCAACAUCCAGCAGGAGAUCCCCGUCGACAGCCUCUCUGGCAUCCUCCUCAACCAAACUUUCAUCGGUCGUUCGCUCACCAUCCUCAAGAUAGACAUAGAGAACGACGAGUGGAAAGUGCUGAGGAAGAUAGUCCAGGCGCCCUUCAUGGACAUCAUUGGCCAGAUCGCCAUAGAGAUCCACGCUAUGGACCUGACGACCCUCCCGCCGCACGAGCACCUGGCUUACGUCAGACAACGCUACGACGUCCUCAAGGCUCUGGAGGGUCGAGGGUUCCGGAAGGUGGCGUACUGGGACAACGAAGGCAGCGCCACCUACAGCGACUCUUCAGGCGACAUCUACAACACCUGCGGCGAGGUUCAUUACGUCAACUCCAAUUGGUACAACGAAACUUUCAAGCAACGCUACAAGGACAUAGGCUUCGAGUUCAGAUGAUGUCCGGACACCUGUUUACGUCCAGUUCAAAAACCUAUUUGAUUUCUCUUGCGUUCUUUCCGCAUAUAGUGCUAUAUACAGCUAGAGGCGUCUUAUCGUAUGGGCCUGAUGGGCACUUUCCCGGGGGCCCCGCCAGCAUUGGGGGCCCCCACCAGCAUUGGGGGGCCCCACGAGCAUAGGACAUGUUCAUUAUGGAAGCAGAAUGUUUAAACAUUUAGGUCUUCUUGCAAGCACACUUAUAUAAUAUAACCCUACAUCCUGGUGUGGGACUAAAUACUAAAUAUUUAAGUUAUAUAUUUCCAGAUGAGUAACCCAUUCAACAGAAUUGAAACAGUGUUUUGAGUGGAGCACAGAAGAGGAAGAGAGCUGCAGAGGAGGAGGAGAAAAUGGGAAAACUUCCAAAAUUAACAUUGUGGCUCAACAUAGGUGCAAUGAGCCGCUCAUUACAGUCCUUCAGAUAUAGCCUCCAUAUCAACAUCCACUCCUGCAAUGUCAGCCACUAGUACUGUUCCUUCAGAUAUAACAUCCACAUCUAUAUCCAUUCCUGCUACCAAUCAUCCAGUUUCAGCAGACAUACCAUCAUUACCUGCUGCUGCUGGUAACAUUUUACAAGAGGAAUUACCCAAAUCUGUAACAGUAAAUAGUUUGCAAUCCAAGAGACAGAUCCGAGGCUAUGGAAUAUUAACGAUACUAACACAAUAGCUUACUGGAUUCAAAGGGGGGGCCCUCAUCAUGUCAGAAACAUGACGACAGCAACCUUUCAAACUCACGCAGAGUGCAUAAAACAGCUGGAGUAGAGAAUAUGAAGGCGAGGUAUUUAUCAAACAAUGUGUCCAAACGUGAACUGCGGAAUGACGAGUAUGUAAAACGUGAAUGGCUACUCUGUUCACCAUCCUAAGGUCGUUUGUACUGCUUUGAAUGUCGCCUAUUGUCCAAGAAAGAAUCUCCCUUUGCUACAUUCGGGUUCAGUGACUGCAAGCACAGCAAUAUUAUUGUAGAACAUGAAAACGGAGGAAAAUAUCGAAAGUGCAUGACACCAUAUUUGAUAAGACAUAAAGAAACUGAAAGUGUAGAUUCUCUAUUACUUGAGCAACAUCGCUCAGAGCAGGAAUAUUGGCAUAAAGUGUUGACACGUGUGGUCUCUGUAAUUCGCUUUCUUGCCUCAAGGUUUGCCAUUUCGUGGAGAAAAUCAGAUUAUUGGGUCAGGAAAAAAUGACAACUAUUUAGGUAUACUAGAGGUGCUGAGUGAAUUUGUCCCUGUCUUAGAAGAACAUCUCAAAAUAUAUGGAAAUCCUGGAAAAGGGAAUCUGCCAUAUUUAUCUGCAAUUUGUAGCGCGGCCCCCUUGGUGAGAAGGUUAGCGCGGCCCGCUUGGUGAGAAGGUUAGCGCG